ACAAGGAACAAAAAAGUCAAGGGGAAACCCAAGGAAAAAGAUACAUACAUAUGCGAGCAGUGCCUUUUAUUCAAACAUGAUUCUGUACGCUCCGAACGACUCUGGAGAAGGGACCAUCUUCAGCGCCAUUUGUAAGUUUGCCGUAGUAUCUCGAGUAUUCUCUGACCUUGCUUUAGGCUCAAUCAACAUACAGAAUGGGACAAUCUCGAGCUGGAGAUGAUCUCCGGCAGAGGUUACACCACUUUUAAAUGUCCAUCCAAGGCUUGCCAUUUCAAGUACAUUGGUUACUUUAUAUAUGCGCUUUUUUUCUCAGAUUUGACAGGUCCUCAUCAAUUCGCAAUGUUCGCAAGCAUUGCGUCAGCGAAAAUUGUCCCGACGGCGCAAGAUACAAUGACAUGAAAGUCCAACAUUCUAUUCGCGAAAAGUUCAUGUCAAACGACAACAUCCAGAAACCCCACCUCAAAUUGAAAUGCGUUCUGCUGAUUAAACCUUUCCUCCGCUUGGAAUCACGUCUUGAAGCACUCUGCAAGAACAAUGUUGGUUCUCUGUGCCUAUAUCUGGUUUUCUCUAAUCAUCUUUAUUCCAGGAGGAACGUGCAGCAAUUGCUCAUUAUCUCACAGCGGCGGCGGCUUUGGAGGAUGUAGAAUUUACUGUCGCAAAGUUGGGAAAGACAGAGACGAUGCUUGGUGAC